UUAGUGAAGGACUUGUGUGUUUUACAGGUGGAAAAAUGGUGGCUGCAAGGAGCUUAUCUCAGCCUCAGAGAGCCUCUUAUUCCUUUCUAUAGUAUGUGUGGAGCUCUGCCACUGAAUGACUUGGGCUGGACCCUUGGAAAUGGCAAGGGAAUAUACCAGCAUGCAGCACAAUACCUUCACUGUCUUGUUGCGUUUUGGGUCAUCUUACGCAAAGAACUAUUGCUACCUUCAACAAGUGCUGAUAAGAAGACAUACUUCAGCAUGUCACAGUUCCGCUUCUUAUUUAAUACUAAUAGAGUUCCUCAAGAACAUUGUGAUAAUCUAGCUAAUUUUUUCAAAACUGAAAAGGAAGGUGAUUGCCCAUCCCAUGUAAUUAUCUUAAGCAAUGGCCGAAUAUUUCGAGUAAAUGCUUUGGCCCCUGACGGUGCCCCCAUAUCAUUCUCUGAAUGGUUGAAAAUACUGACAAAAAUUGCAGCCAUAACCUCGGAAGAGAAGGGACCAGGAAUUCCCAUUUUGACAUGGCCUAAUACAGUAAAACUCUAUUAA